GGGGCACCGGGGAAUACCGGGGUAGGCCCCGGGCCUGGGCUCGGGCUCUGGCUCUGGCUCUGGCUCUGUCGGGGUGCUGCUGCGUCGCAGUCGCUCUCCUGCUUCUCCUCGGGGCUAGGCGUAGGCCCGGGUUGGCGCGUUGCGCGGGGCCGCGGUCUGGGGCCGCCCCGGCAGCCGUGGGUGAGCCCGUGUCCCCCACUGCGCGGGUGGGGAGCACCCGGUAGCGCGUCUUCACUGGCUGCAGAGCUGCUGCCGUUCGUCUCCGUCGUGUGUCGCGUCGGUUAGAGAAGAGGAACGUUAAUAAUAUCAUUCCUUUUUUUUUCAGCACGGGGGAAAAAACAAAAUGCCAUCAGGGACGGUGGUGAACGCCACUCCUUCGGGAGGAUCAAAUGAUGUGAGCCUGGAGGAACCAAAGAAGAUGACAAGGGAAGACUGGAGGAAAAAGAAGGAGUUAGAAGAACAAAGAAAAUUAGGAAAUGCACCUGCUGAGGUGGAUGAAGAAGGAAAAGAUAUCAAUCCUCAUAUUCCUCAGUAUAUAUCCUCAGUACCAUGGUACAUAGAUCCUUCUAAAAGACCUACACUAAAGCAUCAGAGACCUCAGCCGGAGAAGCAGAAACAAUAUAGCUCCUCUGGAGAUUGGUACAAACGAGGAGUUCAAGAGCAUGCUGUAGCAACUAGAUACCGUAAAGGAGCAUGUGAGAACUGUGGUGCAUUGACACAUAAAAAGAAAGACUGCAUGGAGAGACCCAGGAAAGUUGGAGCAAAAUACACAGGCAUGAAUAUUGCACCAGAUGAACAUGUGCAGCCUCAACUGAUGUUUGAUUAUGACGGAAAGCGAGAUCGUUGGAAUGGUUAUAACCCAGAAGAGCACAUGAAGAUUGUAGAGGAGUAUUCCAAGGUUGAUUUGGCCAAACGUACACUGAAAGCCCAGAAGCUUCAGGAAGAGUUAGCAUCAGGAAAACUGGAGCAAGUGAACUCCCCAAGACACCAGUGGGGAGAAGAGGAACCAAAUUCACAGACAGAAAGAGAUCAUAACAGUGAAGAUGAAGAUGAAGAUAAAUAUGCAGAUGACAUUGAUAUGCCUGGGCAGAACUUUGACUCUAAAAGACGUAUCACAGUUCGAAAUCUACGUAUUCGGGAAGAUAUUGCAAAAUACUUGAGGAAUCUAGAUCCAAACUCCGCUUAUUAUGACCCCAAAACAAGAGCAAUGAGGGAGAACCCAUAUGCCAAUACAGGCAAGAAUCCAGAUGAAGUGGGUUAUGCAGGUGACAACUUUGUUCGCUACACUGGUGAUACCAUUUCAAUGGCACAGACUCAACUGUUUGCUUGGGAGGCUUAUGACAAAGGCUCUGAAGUUCAUCUUCAAGCAGACCCUACAAAAUUAGAGCUACUUUACAAAUCCUUUAAAGUGAAAAAAGAAGAUUUCAAGGCACAGCAGAAAGAAAGCAUCUUAGAGAAGUAUGGAGGCCAAGAACAUCUAGAUGCCCCACCAGCUGAACUGCUGUUAGCUCAAACAGAAGAUUAUGUGGAGUACUCUAGGCAUGGAACAGUCAUCAAAGGACAAGAGAAAGCUAUUGCUUGCUCUAAAUAUGAAGAGGAUGUAAAGAUCAAUAACCAUACAUGCAUUUGGGGCUCAUACUGGAAAGAAGGCAAGUGGGGUUACAAAUGCUGCCACUCAUUUGUCAAGUACUCGUACUGUACAGGAGAAGCUGGGAAAGAAAUUGCUAAUACCGAAGCAAGCUUACUGGAAGAGCAACCCAGGGAGGAAGAACACAUGACAAAACCAAAAACACUGAUGGAGAUCCACCAAGAGAAACAGAAAGAGAAGAAAAAGAAGAAGCACAAGAAGAGCUCAAAUUCAGAUAGUGAGGGUGAAGAGAAAAAGAAGCAAGAAAAACUUAAAAAGGCACUAAAUGCGGAAGAGGCUCGUCUUCUCCACGUUAAAGAAAUCAUGCAGUUAGAUGAGAGGAAGAGACCGUACAACAGCCUGUAUGAAACCAGGGAGCCAACAGAAGAGGAAAUGGAAGCCUAUAGAAUGAAACGUCAGAGACCUGAUGAUCCCAUGGCCUCUUUUCUUGGACAGUAGUCGCAGUCAAAAUCAUUCCAGUACAGAGGACUUUCUUCAUACUUGUUUGCUACUCUGUAGACGCUUGCAUACCUUCCACAUGUCUAAUAAGUACCAGAAAUGGCAGAGACCUUUUUUGGCACCAGAGUUGUUGGUGAAAACUUCUUUCAGCAGGCAUAAACAGUCCAAUACAGCAAUUUUAUAUCUGUGUGUAUGUAUACAUAUACAGUCACAAAUAUAUAUAUACAGACAUACAUAUAUAAAAUUAUAUGUCUACAGAAAAUAUAUAUAAUUACUCUGUAAAUUCUUUAUUGGAAGAGAAAAGAUCUGGUACUGGCUGGAAUUCUAGGUUCAUCUGGACAACUCAGAUGAACCUAAACUGACUACUCAGACGAAAUGGUCAGCAGGUGUCACUUAAUACAGAACAAAAAUUGUUGAAAAAGCCUCUAAUUUGUAAAGGGAGUUGCCUGUCAUAUGGCUUUAAAAGGAGAAGUUAUUUCUUUCUUGAUCACUUUGUAGUAUUUUGGAAAUGUAAAAAUUGAUUGCUUUGUACAGUUUUGGUUAAAUUAAUAUAAAGGUCUUAAAUGCUGUCCAGCCUUUUUAAUGAAGAGAUUUGGAGAAGCUGACUGUAGAGCUUAUAACUUUAAUUCUGUUUCUGCAGAUGUUAACAUACAAAUUUCAGUUGCAAAGAUCUGAGUUCUCUGGUUUUCUGUUUGAUAACAGUAUUCAUCUUACCCUUAUAAUUUCCAGAAUUUUGUUACGUGGUGUAAUACCGAGUCUCAGGCUCUAAUAAUUUGAUAAUGUGAAGCAGCAUCUGCUUUGUGUUUGGCAAUAUUAGUCCUUAAACUGAGUUUUCCCUUUCAGCUAUUAAAAGUUGAAGAAAUGAGUGAAGAACUUCACACCAUGACUUUAGAGUUGGAAGGCUUGAGAAUUAUUUCUAUUAUGGCUUAAACUGUCUUAUUAAACAUGACUUCUAUAACCACAUUUAAUGGGUUAUAUUAAUGGUAGGACAAGGAAGACUCCGUAUCCUGUCUUUUCUUCUUAAAAUUAAGAACUUGAUUACGAUUUCUACUUUGUAAACAAUUAAGGAAAUCAAAUCACUGAAAGAAAAUGAAACAGUAUGUUAUACCUGUAACGUGUUGUACCAGUAAUUUCCACCUGUAAAGCUGGCUUCUUUCUUAGGUUCUCUCCAAGUCUGCUUCCCCUUUAUUUUUGUUAAAAAUACUGAUUCUGAAUGCAGACCUUCUUUUAUAAGACAUAAAUCUUGACUGCGGACUCUUAUUUUGUAAAACUUGACUUUAAAAUCUUCCUAGCACUUGCAAAAAAAAUAUAACCAACUAGUGAGAUCAAAGAUCUGGGGGUGGAACUGUCAAUAUAACCAAGUACCAGGAAGGAAAAACUUUAAGGAGUAGAAAUCAGCUUUUGCAGAAAUUGCUUUUAUGUUUUCACAAACAAUGUGGAUUUAGACAGUCUGAGGGGGGGGAAAUAUUAGGGACAUAGUUUUCCUUCUGCUAUACUAGUGACUCACGUUCUAAGAUUCCACAUCAGCUCAUGUCUUGACCUUUCUAAGUUAUGGAUAAUUUCAAGGGAAAACUGCUCUUUUCAACAAGUAAUUAUGUACAAUAAGCCUACAUUUAAGUGGCGUGUGUGUGAUUUCACACCCGCUUGGAGGAUUGAGUAUUUUAAUUUAGCAUACAUAGCUAAUAAUGUAAAAUCUCAAUUAGUCAGCAACAUAGUUCUAUAUUAAAACUAUCUGUGAUACUCUCAUUGAUGAUCAGAAUUAUUUACUGUGUUCUAGAGACCUCUGGCAUGACCUGAAUGCAAACCGUCCUUGGAUGAUUUUUCUGAAUUAGCUGAAUUGAACUGUAAACUAUUACUCUUCUCAGGGCUGUAACCUCUGAAAUACUGGCCAGCAUACCUUCAGCUGCAGAGAUACCAACUGCUGUUGCCUUGGUCAGUGCCAAGUUCAAUUUGAGGGAAGAUGAGGUGUCAGAAGGGUCCAUGUUGUCAGUUCCUUGAGCUAUUUAGAUGCCUUUCUGAAAGUAGCUAGAGACUUGAUUAUUUACAGAGUAAAGGAGUCAAUUCAGAAAUAGCACUAAGAGCAGUUUGGAGUGACGAACAGUCUUCUAGAGUGAAGAGCCUCACCAGCUGAGGCAGCCUGUGAGGUUCAGAUUUAAUCUCAUGUAGUAUUUCUAUUAUGUUCAAGAGAAAAAUGGGGAGAAAGUUAAAGGUGCAUAUAUUUUAGAAGCCAAUAUAACAUGUUCGGUGCUAGAGGGAGAUCUGUUUAUUACAAAUAAAUGUACUGAAUUCCACCUUAAGCAUA